AUGGAUCUUAGAAGCGGAAAACAAACUGGAGAAGAAUCAAGUGAGUCUCUAUCAGAACAAGAAAUGACAAUGGAACAAGGACCAAUUACAGGAAGAGGAAGAAAAUCGACAAGACAGAAUAUGUUAGAAGAUAUGAUGAAAACCAUACAAGAAGAUAGAACGAAACAAGAGGAAGAUAGAAAAAGACAAGAGGAAGAUAGAAGAAGACUGAAGGAAACAAUAAAACAAGGUAGAAAAGAAGAUUUACAAAAAUUAGAAGAAGGUAGAAAAGAAGAUUUACAAAAAUUAGAAGAAGGUAGAAAAGAAGAUUUACAAAAAUUAGAAGAAGGAAGAAAAUAA